AUGGCCUUAAAAUUUUCUCAACUCCUCUUCCUCUUCUUCCUAUGGUUCUCUCUUUUCUUAUUACUCUUUCGUGAAUUUCGAAACUUCAAGUCCAAAUCAAAUAUUGCCAAACAAAACACAAUCACCGCCCCCAUGAAUAAUAAUCUCAUCACAGAUUCUUCGAUCUCCAAUUAUAACGUUAAUAAUAACUACCACCCUUUGAUGAGCAGAAAAGUUCUAGCAAGCAGUUUUGACUUCACUCCAUUUAUAGCAGGCCACCAUAAGAAACGACGUCGUUCGACACCAGGUAUGGCGGCGGAGGAACGAUCGCACGAUCAAGCUUCAAGUGGCGAUCGAGAUCAUCAGUCAAGUAAUAGUGCUAAUGAUCAUGAGAUUGAUCCGAGAUAUGGCGUUGAAAAGCGCCGAGUCCCGACUGGUCCCAAUCCAUUGCAUCAUUGA